CAAAUAUUAUAACAAAAAAAAAUCUGAUGAAGAUCUUGAUAAAGAUUCUGAUGAAGAUUCUAAUGAAGAUUCUGAUAAAGAUUCUAACAAAGAUCAUAAUAAAGAAUAUGAUAAAGAUUCUGACAAAGAUUCUAAUGAAGAUCUGAUAAAGAGUCAAAUAGAUUAUAUUAUAACACAAAAUCUAAUGCUAAUAAAGAACUUGAUGAAGUAA